UUCGUAUAUGCAAUUAUGUAUACAUGUUUCAUUUUAUUUUUCUUUAAUACAAACAAUGUUGGAGAAAAUGUAUGAUUUUGUAUUUUAAAUAACACGACGUGUUUGGCUUGUUUUUGUUUUGCCCUAUGCUGCCUAGUCUGAGCACUAGGUAAAUACUGCAACUUGGUUAUUGUCCAAUUGUAGUGAAUCUGCUGCUACACUACAAACCUUGGAUACAGAUGACGAUCCGUUGUAUAGCUUCGUUCAGAAUAAUGAAGCGAACCGAUCACAAGAUGGUGCGUGUGGUUAUAAUGAAAAUAGGAACAUCCAAAGUUCGGAUAUUUUUCACAACGAAGAUGAUGAUCCAUCUUAUUCAACCGUCUGCAAAAGGAACCCGCUGUAUACGACCGUCAAUAAUGACGAUGUUGUUUAUACAACUGUAAAGAAGAACAAACCCGGCCCCGCGUUUAACAAGAACCCUCCACAGUGCACACAAUUCAACAAUAAUGAUCCAUUAUGUUCAUCAGUCAACAAGGGUGACCAUCUUACAAGGGUGGUUAAGGCCCUUUUAGAGCAAAUGCAUCGUAAUCAAUCUCACAAUAAAACUGUAAACGCCGACAAUGAUCUACUGAAUCAAACGGCCAACGGCCCUAUUGGAUCAAGUGUCAACUGCGCAGAUAACAUCACCGAAGACGUUUGCACCUCUUCGAUUCCAACAGAACCACUUAACGAAGGUGUUUACAAUGAAGACCCGUCCUAUGCUGUUGUUAAAAAGAAAUACCCAAUAGAUAUGACAAAUACAGAUUUGAACAGUGAAGUUCCUCCAGCAUCAGUUUUGUCGACAUCACUGUUUCCAAUGUAUAGCAAAGUGAACAAGACAAAGGUUAUUGGUAAAAGCGGUACAGAUGAUUCUUCUGCAAGAAAUUUGACUGAUGAAUAUCCAUACAGCGUAGUGCAUAGAUCUAAAGGAAAAAACACAGGUAAAAGCGGUACAGAUGAUUCAUCUGCAAGAAGUAUGAUUGAUGAUUAUCCAUACAGCGUAGUUCAUAAAUCUAAAGGAAAUUACACAAAUCCUGAAUUGUUUACCAGCAAACAAACAGUAAUCAUGAAUCGCCCGAUCAGGUCGAACGAUUUGCGCAUUCCAAAUAACGAAAGCAGCUCCAAAUAAAGUUAGCGUCUACAGCUGCUUUCUGAUUUUCGGGCAUUUCCACUGAAAUAUAUUUUGCAAAUUUAUUGUACAUGUGUUCUUGUGUUAUAGUUCAUUUUUACUUCUUUGUAUAUGUACAUUAUUACAUGCCUCGGAUAACUUAGCAUUAUAUUGUGAAUUGUUAUUUAAUAAUUACGCACUUUAUACUGGCAAUCUCUUGUGUGUAUGUUUAUUUGCAGAUUUUCAGAAUUCGUUAAUAGCAAUUUUAAGUGUUUAUUUAGCUUUAUCAAUAUCGUAAGAAGUACUUCUGCAAUACGGUCAGCACCAGUUGUAUGAUCGUUAUAUACGGUGUGCGGAAAUCUCAAGUGCAUAGGUGAAGUCGUAAGAAUGAGCUCCAUGUAUUUUAUGUGUUGAAUAACAAUUUUCUAAAUGUGAUUGCGUAUAAUUGUGUUUGUACAUAAAUGGACAUGUCAAUAACAUACAUAUGUUUUGUA